AUGUCGGCCGGGGGCGAGCAUCUCAAAGAUGAAGGCACCAAGCGACAGGUCAUACUGGCCGGCGGAAUCGCAGGAUUGAUUUCACGGUUCUGUAUUGCGCCGCUGGACGUCGUCAAGAUCCGGCUACAAUUGCAAAUCCAUUCAUUGUCAGACCCUGCUUCUCAUAAUGGUAUCAAAGGCCCUAUCUAUAAGGGGACGCUGUCCACCAUGCAAGCGAUUGUGAGACAAGAGGGAAUUACUGGCCUAUGGAAGGGCAAUAUUCCCGCCGAAAUGAUGUAUGUCUGCUACGGCGCCAUUCAAUUCACCGUAUAUCGAGGCACAACCCAGGCUCUUGCCCAACUUGGCACCUACCGACUCCCUCAGCCCGCUGAAUCUUUCAUCUCUGGUGCAGUAGCAGGGGGAUGCGCCACAGGCGCAACAUAUCCUCUCGACCUCCUCCGCACGCGAUUUGCCGCCCAAGGCACUGACCGUGUGUAUAGCUCGUUGCGUGCCUCGGUGGUGGAUAUUGCUCGCCAGGAGGGUGUCCCAGGGUUCUUCCGAGGCUGUUCCGCUGCCGUGGCCCAAAUUGUGCCAUACAUGGGACUUUUUUUCACGGCAUAUGAGGCACUUCGCCCAGUCAUGACAACCUGGGAUAUUCUGCCUUUGGGUACAGGGGAUGCUGCUGCCGGUGUGAUGGCCAGCGUAUUUGCCAAGACAGGUGUGUUCCCGCUCGAUCUGGUGCGCAAGCGCUUGCAAGUACAAGGACCCACGCGAACACGCUAUGUCCAUAGCAAUAUCCCAGAGUACGAAGGGGUCCUCGAAAGCAUUGCAAUGAUCCUCCGUACCCAGGGCGUGCGUGGCCUGUACCGUGGUUUGACAGUGAGUUUACUCAAGGCAGCACCAGCAAGUGCUGUUACGAUGUGGACCUAUGAACAUGCAUUGAAAGUCCUUCGAGAGCUUGAGGUCGCAACUGAUAGGUGA